ACGAGACACUAUCAAACGCAACUGCACACCAAGAUGGGGCUCUUCUCACCAUAUACACUCAUUCGGACGAUUUCGCUGUUCCAUAUCACAGCGGCGUACUUCUUCCUCACAGCACCAAGAAUUCUUGCAGACCAAAAUGUGGUUUUCAUCCUGGGCGAGUCCAUGAGAAUAAAUCACGCCGCAUCUCUGAACAAACCAAGCGAAGCCACAGCAUUUGUCGCGGUCCUGCUGGCGCUUCUCGGAGUCGCAGACAUCACAGCAGCUAACAUGAACGAGAACGCGGCUCUGGAGUACUGGUUGUCUAACGUCCCUGUCCGUUUGACCUUUCUCUUCGGCUUGACCGGAUACGUAUACCUGUUCAAAGAAGACGGCUUGUUCGGCUCCGGGUCAGCUGCCAAAGUAGGCAUUGGCGAGCCUCUCCAAAACAGCUUGGUGUUCACCUUCGGCUUUUUCGAGAUUGCAAUGUGGUUUUGGAUUUUUACCUGCCUGCGGGAGGAACGAGUUGCCGUUGCACGCAAACGUGCGGAAGAGCGCAAAGCACAAGAAGACCGCCUCCGAACGCUAUAGCGACUGAGGCCGGCCUCAAAAAUGAACAAUAGCGCAGAGCAGAGCAGACAACCAUGUCUCCGCCUCCGGAGCCCACUUCACAGCCACUGUCGAUCCAGAUCAUCAGUCUGGUCUGUCUUGCUGGUGCCAAGCCCUCACGCUCCAGUCCAUACCUGCUCUAAGGGCUUCGGCCCAAGGUUGUUCUUGGCCAAGAGGCUGAGCCAUCGACUGCAACGAAGCCAUAAGUGCGCUUACGCCCUGCUCUUGACUGAGGUCAUCAAAGUCAUGGCUUUGGAACUUCGCGGCGGUGGGUUUGCCGCGCCACAAUCGUGCAUCGGCAAGUGCAUGCGGUGAAACGCUACGCUGACCGCGACCAUGUAGAAGCGCCGGUGCGAAGUCCUCACGCAUGGCAGUCACAAUUUUCACCUCGAGGUCGCUGGAGACGGCUCCCUCUCUCGCUGGUCGUUUGCUGCACUCUCGCGGCGCUUGUACAAGGCAACAUUGUGGAGUAGCCGCUAAAUUAGGAACUCGCUAGACCGCAUUCGUCGCCCCUGCCGCUCUGUCGCAGUUUUUGAGAUUUGCUCAGCCCAAAUCCUUCAA